AUGGAAUCACACAGAGAAAAGAUUACUCUUAUUUUACAAAAAGCCACCAUCCUAGUUGGUCAAACUAAAGACAAAAAUAAUGAUACCACUACUAAUGGCAGUUCUAUGCCUGAAACACUUGCAAAAAGACUUGAAAGGUGUAAAGAAAAGAUAAGGGCACAAACAACAGUAACUACUAUGAAAGAUCGAGAGAUUAAUUUAAACUUGAGUGACGAGAAUACUUCAGUAAAAGAAGAGCACCAACAGUAUAUGAAUAAAAAUACUGAUCAAGACGUUAACAAAAAAUUGUUGAAAAUACAAUACGUGGAACUGUGUUUGGAGACAUUAAUAGAAUUGAAUGAUGUUUUUCGAGAAAAAACAGCUCAAAAUUCUCAACAACAAAAAAAACAGUCAACUUCGGAUGUAAGUGAUGAGCUUUUGGGUGUGAGAGAUCUAAGACUUAUUCAUACGAUGUUAGAGAUUGUGGUUAGCUGGGGAAUUUAUCCAUGUUUGAUGCCUGGUGUUGGAAUUCCACUUUCGCAACGUAGUAUAUCUGGAUUUACUCAAACUGAGAUACUAAAUGAUCUUAAUAAAGAUGAAAGUGAUAAUUCGAAAAGCCUUGACGAUCCUCGUGCACAAUAUGUAAAAUUAUUCAACCUUUUAGAAUCCUUAACCUCGAUCAUUUUUUCUUGUAAUAAUAAUGAAUUGUCAUAUAACUACACCAGCAUCUCGCAAAUACUGUUGACUCGGCAUCUUAUUGAUAUGUAUGCUGCACUGUUACAAUUAGCGUAUGGACCUAUGCCAAAAAUCGGUGAUGUUGCGGCGGAGACUCGAGAUCCAAAAAAUAUUACGAAUAGAAAGCAAAUUUCUGCGCAAGUUUCAUCUUUUAGUGUGAGUGAACAAGAUGAGGAUGUUGAAUCAUCGUUAUCUGCAUCAUCAAGGAAAGUUGUAAAUUUUGAAAAAGCGCGUCAAGAAAGUUUUGCCAUGUUUAGCAGAGUUUUUGAAAGAGCCGACGUAUAUCGAUCUUUAGAAUCAUUAAUGAUAUUAUUAGGUGCUUCGCCACUUCAUCCUGCUCCAAAUUGGUUGAAAGGCAUUUGCGGUCGAUUACUUACACACAUUUUACUGAAACCUGAUGGCGUAAAAAAAGUAAUUGAUUUUAUGAUUGGUGGUGAAAAUGAAGUCAAUUUCUCUAAACAAGAGAAUAUAGCUAGAGUACUGUUAUCUGUACCAAGUCAAAUGACGUCUGUCGAGGAUUAUUUCUCCAAAAUAUGUCCUCAACUUCUUGACAUUCUCGCAUCAACUCGUAAAUCAACAUCCUCCGACAAUGAUAUAAAUGCAAAAGAUGAAAUAUCCGUCACAGCAACUGUAGCCGCGUUCACAAUCAUAAGAAUGAACGCAAAAUAUCCAGCAUUAACGAAAAAACUUGUCAUCAAUAAGUUAUUUGAGAAAUUAUCAAAAUGGUGGGGAAUAACGCCAGAGCGGGAACAAUCCAAUUCGACGAUUCUUUCUGAUGCAAGUGUUCAAGAUUCAUCGAUCAUAUCGGAUUUGACUUUGGACGACCCGAUGGUGAUGGAUGAAACGUCCCUUCAGUCAACUAUUAGAGUCGUACAUCGUAUUUUAGUUGGUAGUGAGCCUAUUCCUGAUCUGUUGCAAUCUUUUUUGGAGGAUGCAAUCGCCCCAUUGUAUCAUUUAUACGCUUUUACAGUUGUCUCGAAGUCAAAUUUGCGAGAAGCUGUGCUGGACAUUUUACUGUCAUAUUUCAGAAUCGUGACAAACUCGGAUGGAUUAGAAGCAUUGAAAGAGAUUGUAUUUAGGAAAAGUAAGAGAUAUGCAAUACAACCACCAGAAAUUGGUGACGUGAAUGAAGUGUAUUUUGCACCCGGUCCUUUGGGAGGCUCAGUGAUGAGAUUACGUUUGAAGAAGCAGCAUCUUUCACCUACAACAACAAAUCUCGAUGUAGAUUUAUUUAUUGCUUUUCUGAAAUCUCUAUCGAACAACGAUUUAACCGGUGAUUUUUUCAUGUAUCUUUUAAACGAGUACACUGCCGCCAAAGCCGAUUAUUUGCAGACGGCAAAUUCGAAACGUGUCCUGACAUUGCUUCAUCUUGUUUUAGGCAUGAUUGACUCUCUCGGAUCUGAUAUAUUACGUAAACCAGGCCAAGUGAUUGCAUUUGUCAAUAAUGUAUUGGAGAAUUAUCAUAGUCGAGUUGAUAACGAAGACGCUCGAAAGAAAAAGAAGCAACAUGGAAAUAGUAUAGAGUUGAGUAGUUUAGCUAAUAUUGUUGAUGACGAAGAGAAUUCAAAUGUUGAAUUACCUGAAGAUCAACAGGAUGAAGACGAGACACUCACUCUGGCUUUGACAUUAUUGACAUCCUUAUUAGCUGAACAUAAAUCUCUUUCUACGCAAGAUACACACAUACUUAAUCUUGUUUUCGAGAAUCUAUCUAGAUUCGGGAAUCAUCAGUCUCCCGACGUUCGACAAAUGACACGUGAACUGCGUUUAGCAGUUUCUGUUCGUAACGCUGCACGAACGUCCUCAUCAUCGUCAUCACCUAUCAAUGAGAAAAUGCGUAAAAGAGAAGAGUCGGUACAAAAAUAUAAAGAAGCCAUGGAAGCAUUACAGGAUGAAAUUCUGCCAGUGCGAGCACGUGGACUGGUCAUACUCAAGGAAAUGAUACUAGCAAAGGAUCCUUUUAUAAAUGAAGAUGAUAAUCUGUCAAAGGUGUUGGAUAUUUUUAUACAAAUGAUUCAAGAUGAAGAAAGUUUCAUUUAUUUAAAUGCGGUUCGAGGUCUUUCCUCGCUCGCAGAAGUACAUGGUCAAACGAUAAUGCAAAAAUUAAUGAAAUGGUAUGAUAAUCCAAAUGAGAAUAUCGAUAAUCGAUUACGAGUGGGCGAAGCGAUAUUACAGACGAUCCAAAGAUGUGGUAAAGCACUCGGAAAAUACAUCACUACUCUGCUUCCACCAUUACUACAUGUCCUCGACAAGGAUCAGAAUGAACAACUACGCGUCUCAUCACUGUCAAUUAUCGGGACUGCAUGUCAAACAUCACCAUACGCGUUGUCUUUUUGGUUUGAUGACUUGGUCGGAUGGAUAUUGAAUAUUUUGGAUUUUGAAAAGAUGAUUGAGGUUCGAAGAGCAUCAGUUGUACUACUGAUAUCUUUAUUUCGUGGUCUUGCCGUUGACACAAUACAACAAAUUUACGGGGAUCUAUUGAAAAGAGCUUACAUUUCUUUGCGAUACAUUGAAAAUACCGAUACUGAUGAUUUGACACGGUAUCAUGCAAGAGUAUGUCUUAGUGACUUGGAUGUGAUUGUCAAAGAUUUUUUAACAAGUGGUAGUGAUAAUGAUGAUACACCUGACCCAGCAAGAAAUUCUAUUUUAUAUAUUGGAAAUAAAUAA